GGCCUGAGCCCGGGCUGGGUGGUGCCGCCUGCCGAACCGCCUGGCUCCCUGUCCCCGGCACGGCCCCGCACCCCACCCCGGACAUGCUCAGGGCUGCGGCCGCCCGAAGAGGGGAGAGCGCUGGCCUCUAGGAAGGUAUGGCCUCACAAGUCUUGGUCUACCCACCAUAUAUUUAUCAAACUCAGUCAAGUGCCUGUUGUAGUGUGAAGAAACUCAAAGUAGAGCCAAGCAGUUGUGUAUUCCAGGAAAGAAACUAUCCACGGACCUAUGUGAAUGGUAGAAACUUUGGAAAUUCUCAUCCGCCCACAAAGGGUAGUGCUUUUCAAACAAAGAUCCCAUUUAACAGACCUCGAGGACACAACUUUUCAUUGCAGACAAGUGCUGUUGUUUUAAAAAACACUGCGGGUGCUACAAAGGUCAUAGCAGCUCCAGCACAGCAAGCUCAAGUGGAGGCACCUCAGAUUGGGGUGUGGAGAAACAGGUUAAAUUUACUAGAAGGCCCCCAGCGAUGUGGAUUGAAACGCAAGAGUGAGGAGUUGGAUAAUCAGAAUAGCGCGAUGCAGAUUGUCGAUGGAUUGUCCAUACUUCCUGCAGUGUUGCAAACCAACAUGGGAAAUCCAGUGACAGUUGUGACAACUACCACAGGAUCAAAACAGAAUUGUACCACUGGAGAAGGGGACUAUCAGUUAGUGCAGCAUGAAGUCUUAUGCUCCAUGAAAAAUACUUAUGAAGUCCUUGAUUUUCUUGGUGGAGGCACUUUUGGCCAAGUAGUUAAAUGCUGGAAGAGAGGGACAAAUGAAAUUGUGGCAAUCAAAAUUUUGAAGAAUCACCCUUCUUAUGCACGUCAAGGUCAAAUAGAAGUGAGCAUAUUAACAAGGCUUAGUACUGAAAAUGCUGAUGAAUAUAAUUUUUUACGAGCUUAUGAAUGCUUUCAACACCGUAACCAUACUUGCUUAGUCUUUGAGAUGCUGGAAGAAAACCUGUAUGAUUUUCUGAGACAAAAUAAAUUCAGUCCCCUGCCACUGAAAAAAUAA